AGGUAUCCGUGGCCAGUUCUGCAAGUUUAUGAAAUUCUCUUUCACUGAAGUGUUCGAUUAGUGCGUAGUGUUCGUCUUUGAGAAUUCUGCACUCAUCGCAUCCUGUGUAUUGUAUUCGUUGGUCAAGAUCCAAUUGCUGUGCCGUUUCAUAGCGAUGCCCGAUGAAGGAGUCGAGCUUCUCAGUAAACUCAAGGCUGAGUUCAAUGAGAUCGACUCACGACAAGUGGGAUGGUCGACUCUCUUUCACAGUAUCGGAUUGGAGUCCAGGAACCCCGAUCUGACUUUGAAAGAAUCAUUGAAGCCUUGCAAUCAACCUCUGAAUCGUUAUCUCAAUGUCAGCCCAUAUGAUCACAGUAGGGUGGUUUUGUUGAACUCGGCUGUGGAUUACAUAAACGCCAACCUCGUUCGUGUCCCGAUUGCAAAUCGUCGGUACGUGCUCAGCCAGGGGCCAUUGGAGCACACUUGUGGCCACUUUUGGCUCAUGAUAUGGCAGCAAGAAACUCGCGGAGUCAUUAUGUUGAACCGCAUCGUGGAGAACAAUGUCUCGAAAUGUCAUCAGUAUUGGCCCGAACAUGCGGACGAAACAGUGUCCUACGAUGAUGUUGGGUUGAAAGUCACUCUUGUACGCGAACAAAGCAAAGAUUUCUACAUAAUUCGCACAAUGCGUGUGACAAAUGUCGCGACAGGAGAUUCCCGCGACGUCCUACAGUUUCAUUACAUUACAUGGCCUGAUUUUCAAGUUCCCUCAUCCCCGGCCGCAUUUCUCAGCUUCCUGGCUGCAGUUAGAUCUUCUGGGUCUUUUGAGGUUAACCUUAAUCAUCCUAGGUUGGAGAACGACGUUGGACCAGCAGUUAUCCAUUGUAGCGCAGGAAUCGGGAGGUCGGGAACAUUUUGUCUAAUAGACAGUUGCCUUUUGCUCGUUGAGAAGAAGAUUGUCAAGGAAUUGGACAUCUGUAGCAUUCUUUUGGAAUUGCGAACGUAUCGGAUGGGUCUGAUUCAGACCGCUGAUCAACUCCGGUUCUGCUUCCUCGGCAUCAUCCAUGGUACACAGAAGAUCCUUCGCGAGGAGUUCAUUUCAGAAGCGAAGGAAACGAUCAACCAGCCAACCGCGACUACGUCGGGUUCCGAGGACGAAGAGGAAGAAGAUGGCGAACCACCGACGCCGCCAGUACGAAGUGAUUCGCUUACCAAGUCCACUGACAGCAAGAGCAGUUGUCCACCUACAAUCGACGAGGUGUCGUCAUGCGACGGUUCCGGUGACGAGCUUUCGUCGGCUGAGAAAGAGACGGAGGUUCGUCGACGAAUGAUUCGUCGCGAAAGGGACGAACGAAAGCGGGCCAUGGAAGAGCUCGUGUCGUCCAUCAAGGCGAAACAGCGUGCGUCGGAAGACCGGCGACGCCGCUACACCGCCAUCAAGCAACUCGUGCCCAAAGUCGUCGCUGGUGCUGUGAUUGUGGCCAUAGUGUCCGCCGUUUCUUACAAGUACUUUACCUAACGCAUCAAUCCCCAGAAUAGUCAUAGUGUCAUUUUUUAAGCGAAGAAAUUGUGUCGUUCUGUUUUUCUCGCGAUAGUAGUACGAAGGAGACCUUGCAUGAAGACGGAGCCAAACGCUCAACCAAGAGCGUUGCUUUGAGAAGGAGAAAUUAAUCAUUCCGACCGGAUUCGAGAUUCCUUUUUAUACAUGUUGCAUUAAUGAAGAUGGUUUGAAAUUUUACGUGCGUUGCCAUAACUGGAGCCCGUAACAAUUCUUUUCUGCGCUUCGAUUCAUUUUUCUUGUUGUCGAUGCGAUGAAUCGUGAUGUUUUUACUACUCAGAAGACGUUGUGUAUAGUGGAAAGCGUGAGAGGAAAGUUGGAGGUUCCCGGGUUGACCCUUGGACAUCCCAUUUUCUUUUAUUUUCUUCUGUGUUUUUUUCACAAAAUUGUUGCGAAGCGACUCAAUGUUUUGUUAAUGCCUCUCGUACCCCGUUGUUUCUGCAAGACGAUGUGAUAGAUUAAAACGUUUUGGCUAAUUGAGAAGUACGAGGUUUAUGAAUUGGUUGUUUCAUUUUGGUCCUUGGCUGCGAGUGUUGUGUCAACUUGCCCACAUUUUCAGAGUUUGAACAUGUGAGGGGGGUUGGUUUCCAAGUUUCAUCAGUCUUCCCUUGCUGUGAGUGUUGGUUAGAUGAGCGUGGUUUUUUUUUUUCGUGAAUGUCAUAGUUCACUUUGGGUUUAAUCGUGAAAAGGAAGAUUUUCAAAUUUAAUUGUACAAUGCUGUACUGUAUUUGCUUGCCCUUGAAUAAGACCCAUACAGGGUUCUUUAGUCUAAAAUUUUACUGAAGUCGUGUUCCCGAGGAAGGUGUGCACACCAUUUUUAGUGUCUCUAAAACUGUAAUAUUUGAUGAAGAAUAACUACUGAAUUUGAAUUGCAGUCAUAAUAGAAUCAAAUUGAACCUGAAUUCAACCUCUUUGCCCGUUGCAAGAAGUGGUUCUGUUGAGCAUUAUUAUUAUGUUAUUCUCAUUUCUGACCAAUUUCAAGGUACUGAGAGAA